AUGUCCUGGCAAUAUAAGCUCGCAUCCAGUAUGCGGGCCUCUCCGCUACGGGCGCUGACUCGGGCUAACGGACUCCUACAUUGCCCGGCCGCACGUGGCGCUGCGGGGUGUCUCUCCGCUAGAUCAGAGCCCAUCAUGACUCAAACCACCGUCGCAUAUACCGCUAAGCGCACCCUCUCGGCUGUCAAGUCCCGCAAAUGCCUAAACGUCGAUAACAUCAACCAGCAUGUUAAGGACGCCAAGUACGCCGUACGCGGUGAAUUGGCCGUCAAGGCUGAGGCCUACCGCCAACGUCUGAUUGACGGCGACAAGUCCCUACCCUUUGAUAGCGUCAUCUUCGCCAACAUCGGUAACCCUCAACAGCUCGAUCAGCAGCCCAUCACCUUCUUCCGCCAGGUCCUCAGUCUUGUCGAGAACCCCUUGUUGUUGAAGAACCCCGAGGUCCUCAAGGAGUCAUUUGGAUACAAACAGGAUGUGAUCGACCGAGCCCAGGCCCUUUUGGUCAAUGUGCAGAGCGUUGGCGCCUACAGUCACAGCCAGGGUGCACCAGGCAUCCGGGACAGCGUCGCCAAGUUCAUUGAGAAGCGUGAUGGCUUCCCUGCCAACCCCCAGGACCUGUUCCUGACCGCCGGUGCUUCAUCGGGUGUGAGCACCAUUUUGAACGUCAUCUGCAACGAUCCCAGUGCCGGUAUCCUGGUCCCUAUUCCUCAGUACCCUCUUUACACCGCCAGCUUGACGCUGUUGAAUGCUCGCUGCGUUCCUUACCUUCUCGAGGAGGACAAGGCAUGGGGUACUGACGUCAACGUCAUCCUCAAGUCCAUGGAGGAGGCCAAGGCCGCCGGCACCGAUGUGCGCGCCAUUGUCGUCAUCAACCCCGGUAACCCAACCGGUGCCUCUCUGAGCGCCGACGACAUCAAGAAGGUCCUUGAUGUCGCCGCUGCGGAGAGCUUGGUGGUUAUCGCUGACGAGGUGUACCAGACCAAUGUUUUCCAGGGCGAGUUUGUCUCAUUCAAGAAGCGUCUUUGCCAGCUCCAGCAGGAGCAGCCCGGCAAGUACGACGAUGUCGAGCUGGUCUCGCUACACAGUCUCUCUAAGGGUAUGGUUGGUGAAUGCGGCCACCGCGGUGGCUACUUCGAGCUUGUUGGCUUCGACCCCCUCGUCCAGGAGCAGAUCUACAAGCUCGUCAGCAUUGGCCUGUGCCCGCCGGUCGUCGCACAGUGCCUGCUCGAGUGCAUGGUCAACCCUCCCCUCAAGGGCGAUCCUAGCUACGAGCUCUACCACAAGGAGUACAACGCCAUCUCGGAUGGCCUGCGCAAGCGCGCUCAUUCCUUGUUCAACGCCUUCCAGCGCAUGGAGGGUGUUGAGCUCCAGGAGCCCCAGGGUGCCAUGUACCUCUUCCCCACUAUCCACCUCCCUCAAAAGGCCGUGGAUGCCGCCGCCGCCGAGGGCCGCCCCGCUGAUGAGUUCUACUGCUUGGCCUUGUUGGACGCCACCGGUGUCUGCGUCGUUCCCGGCUCUGGCUUCGGUCAGAAGGAGAACACUUUCCACUUCCGCACAACCUUCCUUGCCCCCGGCAUCGACUGGGUUGAGCGCAUCGUCAAUUUCCACUCGGAAUUCAUGAACAAGUACCGAUGA